GGAUACUGUAGAUGGAGCAAGCUUCAUUAACACGUAUUAAAACUCUCACAAUUUUUCCUCAGGAAACACAAACAACAACAACAACGAAGACAUUUUUCAGCUUCCUACUAUUCUAGCUAGCAAUACAACAAUAUACUCAACCCUCUUUCUAUCCCUCUGGCAUUCUUCAAAUAAAUCUAAUCGACAAUGACAUUGACAACUACGACCAACAACUCCGCCAUGCGCCAUACCAAUAAGAGGUCCCUUGGCCUCUUGGUUGCAAUGAUUGCAACCAUGAAUUUCCAAGCUGUCUCAGCAUGCUCAGGCUUCGUGAGCUACAAUCUCGGUGGUGGCACUACUAGGCUGACUUGGCUGGAUGACAGUAACAGUUUCGAAGUGGCUGGAGGUGGAACAACCACCUGUUCUGUUUCUGGAAAUUGUGACUAUGGAAUGCUCCAAAUUGUCUAUGGUGAUGAUGUGGGGGGCUCCAAUGCCUUCAACGGAGCUUCUGGCUCUGUAGGUUCUCUUCAUGGCAGUGCAGCCAAAAGCUGUGACUUUUCAGUAACCAUGAGUGAUUCCAAUGAUGCCACUACUUUGGGCUUGUCCUUUGAGUACAUUAGCAUUGGGGGAGGAGAUUUAACCCUUCAAUGUACAUGUACCAAUCCACCCAAGAAUACUCCCGCCAGUCCUCCUCCAAGUGCACCGGGUGGUGGGUCCAGCUGUUUCUCAGAGUCCGCAACUGUGCAAGUGGAAAAUAAAGGACCUGUUUCAAUGAAAAAUCUCCAGGUGGGUGACAGAGUCUUGACAGGGAGCAGCCAAUACCAACCAGUGUACAGUUUUGGGCAUCGCCAUGAAGAUCUUGAGGGAACCUUCUACCAAAUCUACACAGAGAGACAUCACGCUCCAUUGGAAAUGACUGGUGGCCACUUGAUCUUUGUGCUGGACAGUGAAAAUCAGCCCCAGUCUGUUCGAGCUGAUACAGUUAAGGCUGGGGAUCGUGUGCUAGAAAAUGAAAGUCAAGAUGAAGACGCGCACCCAGCCCUUGUCACAAAGGUUGCGGCUACUCAGAAGAAAGGAAUGUACAUGCCAUUGACCCCUGAUGGAUCCAUCAUUGUCAAUGGAAUUCUGGCCUCUACAUAUGUCUCUCUUCAAGACCAAGCUCCUGUUGUUGUGGACAACUCCAAACUUUUCCCAUUCUUGACUGAAGACAAGAUUUUGCAUUUGUAUAUGUCCCCUCUCAGAAUGUUGUGUCUUGGAGUGUCCUCCAAUGCUUGCCAAUUCUUGGAAAGCAGGGAUGAAGAAGGCGUUCAUUUCUACUUGGUGGCGGGAAGGAGCCUAGCUGAAUUUGCCGAUAUUCAGGGUUUCUUUGUUCAAGUGUUUCUGAUUGGAAUUCCAGUCUUUCUGAUGUUUGCCUUCUUGAACCUUUUGGAAGUGCUCCUUGGUGGACCUGCUCUAGCUCCCUUUGUGUGCUUUGCGGCCAUUACCCUUGGAGGUUGGGUUGUCAACAAGGCCCAUGGCAUGACCAGGAAAAGUCAGGAAUCAAGGAAGAAGUUGGAAUGAACCUGAAAAACAAUGACUCCUGGAGAGAGAAUUCUGAAAAAACUAUCAUCCCUUGGGAAGAGAAAGAUCCAUUGUGCAUGUCUAGUUGCUAGCCAGUGUAUAUUUUUAUUGUAUUGCAAAAGUAAACCAAAAACCAUGAUUCAGAUUCGUG